CAUUCUUAUUACAGCUUGUUCCACUAAAUCAUCAUCAUUAACUUCCAUUCCAAAUCAUUGCUUUCAUUAAUUAUUCUUCUCUUCUUCCUCCAUUCACCACCACGUGCAUCCUCCGCUCAUCUCUCCGAUCUCAUUCAUUUCUUCAUACCCUAUUACCCCAUCUCUCUCUCUCUCUCUCCCAUUUAUUGUUCUUCACCCUACCCUCAUUAAUUUCAAAUCUCUCUCUCUUUCGAUUCAUUUGUCUCUUUCAAUUUGGUGUUGUUCAUUCUAGUCGGUGGAGUGACCUUUGCUGAUUUGCGUCUACUUUCUGACAUAUUUCAUCAAGACGUCAAUGGAUUGAGCUUCUCCUUACUGAGAUCUGAAAACUAUGAACACAAAGGUUUUGGGCCUGUGAGAAAAUCAAAAGAAGAUGAUGAUGGGCAAGAACAAGUUCAUCUUCUCUGCAGUUUUCUUAUUUGGAACAGUGAUAUCAUUAGUUUCCAUGGAACCCUUUGAAGAUAAGCAGAUUUUAGUUGAUUUCAUUCAACGAAUUUCGCAUAGUAGGGCAAUCAAUUGGGAUAUGGGUUCUUCAGCUUGUCUAAAUUGGACUGGGAUAACAUGUAAUCAUGAUAAUUCAAGAAUCAUCGCUGUUCGGUUACCGGCUUCUAGCCUUCAUGGUCCUAUUCCUUCAAACACUCUUAGCCGAUUACCGGCUCUUCAGAUCUUGAGUUUGAGAUCCAACGGGUUAACGGGUCCUUUCCCAUUUGAUUUCUCAAAUCUUAGAAACCUGACAGCUUUGUAUCUUCAAUCGAAUGGCUUCUAUGGCCCGUUGCCUUUGAAUUUCUCUGAUUGGAACAAUCUUUCUAUACUUAAUCUGUCGAAUAAUGGCUUCAAUGGAAGUAUUCCUCCUUACAUUUCGAAUUUGAGUCACCUCACUGCUUUGAGCUUAGCGAACAACUCGCUUUCUGGUGAAAUCCCGAAUCUUCAUAUCCCGAGUUUGCAAGUUCUUGAUUUGUCAAACAACAAUCUCACUGGACCCGUGCCUGAAUCUCUUCAAAGAUUUCCCACCUCGGCUUUUGCAGGAAAUGAUCUUUCUCCUCUAACUUCAAUGCCGCCCGUUGUUUCUCCCAGCAGCCAACCAUCAAAGAACUCCUCAAAACUCGGUGAACCCGCGAUUCUUGGAAUCACUAUUGGUGGUUGUGCUUUGGCGUUUGUAAUACUUGCAUUCAUAAUGAUUCUUCGGUAUUCGAAAGACUGGAAGGAUGUUUCUGAGAGACCAAAGAAAGAAGAAAAGACAACAAAACUACGAUCCGGCAGCCACAAUGUGAACGGGAAUGGAAGCCUCGUGUUCUUCGAAGGCAGUAACCUUGCAUUCGACCUGGAGGAUCUGUUUCGAGCUUCGGCUGAAGUUCUCGGAAAGGGAACAUUCGGUACGACUUAUAAAGCAGCAUUGGAGGAUGCAAGCACGGUGGUCGUGAAGAGAUUGAAGGAGGUGGCUGCUGCAAAACGAGAUUUCGAGCUCCAAAUGGAACUCGUCGGAAAUAUUCGACACGAAAAUGUUGUUCCUUUGAGGGCUUAUUACUACUCAAAAGACGAAAAAUUGAUGGUGUAUGAUUAUUACGAUCAAGGGAGCGUUUCUUCGAUGUUACAUGCGAAACGUGGCGAGAAUGCAGGCCGGAUUCCGUUGGAUUGGGAAAGCCGGUUGCGAAUAGCGAUCGGAGCUGCCCGAGGGAUCGCAUAUAUCCACUCGCAAACCGGAGGGAAGCUUGUUCAUGGAAACAUAAAAGCCUCCAACAUCUUCUUUAACCCGCAGCGAUAUGGUUGCGUAAGCGAUCUUGGUCUAGCAACGGUGAUGACCCCGUUGGCGCCCCCGGUUAUGCGGAUUGGCGGAUACCGGGCGCCGGAGGUGGCAGACACGCGAAAAGUCUACCAAGCAUCGGAUGUUUAUUCUUUCGGAGUUGUUUUGCUUGAGCUUUUAACAGGGAAAUCGCCAACUCAUGCCACCGGCGGCGAGGAGGUGGUGCAUUUGGUGAGGUGGGUUCACUCGGUGGUCCGGGAAGAAUGGACGGCAGAGGUGUUUGAUGUGGAACUGUUGAGGUACCCAAACAUAGAAGAGGAGAUGGUGGAGAUGUUGCAGAUAGGGAUGCAAUGUGUGGCGAGGUCGCCGGAGCAGCGCCCGAAGAUGGCGCAAGUGGUGAAACUGGUGGAGGAUAUACGGAGGACGACGAAUACGGGGGCGUCGGAGGUAUCAACGCCGGCAACGGAGAUGGCAUCGUCUCCGGUAGUAGCACAACAGAUAGGAUCGUCUGUAGUUGCAAUGUGAACAUUAUUUUUUAUAAGAAUUAGGUGUGAAAAUAAUUGUGAUAAAUUAUAAAAAAAUAUGAAGUAUGGGGAUUGGGGUAAUUUGGUAAUUUACUUAUAUAUUAUUAGGAAUAUAUAGGGGUUUAUGUUUAUCUAAGCUCAUUCUUUGGUUGACAAUUUAUAGUCAACACUGUUGUUGGUCUUAAUAAACUACGAUUUUAAUCCCUGUGGUUUGUUGUAAAAUGCGAAUUUCAUCCUUGUACUUUUAAAAUUACGAUUUUAGUCC